AUGGCUGGCAUGGAUAAGUCCUACUUCCUCGACGGCAAGCCUUCCAGUGGUGCGGAGGUGAACCAGGCCGGUCAUGCUGGAACGGAGCUCCUGCAGAUGCUGCCCAGCACCACAUGCGUGCGGGUAUUUGUGGCGGGAGCUGUGACACACGUGGGCAAGACCUCGGUGUGCCUGGGCCUUCUGGCUGCACUUCGGAAGGCUGGGCUGACAGCUCAGGAGUUGGCUUACAUCAAGCCGGCGACGCAGUGCGAAGCACCGGAUUUGCUAAGCAAAUGGUGUGCCAAAGAAGGCAUCGAGUAUGUCGCUGGAGAAGAAGCGCCCCUGGUGUUUUACUCGGGGUUUACGCGCUCUUUCCUAGCCGGCGAGCAGGGCACCAGCGCCCAGUGGCUGCAGAAGAUUGAGGAGAGGAUACAGAAGCUGUCUGAUGGCAAGCGAGUCGUCAUUGUCGACGGAGUUGGCUUUCCCGCUGUUGGGUCCAUUGUGGGCGUUGACAAUGCGGAUGUGGCUCGUGCGUCCAGAGCACCGGUUCUGCUCGUCUGCAAGUCUGGCGUCGGCUCUGCCGUGGACAGCUUUAGCUUGAACUCUUCGUAUUUCUUGGCGAAGAGUGUGCCAGUGCUCGGCGCUGUUUUCAAUCUUGGCGAGAUCGAGGGCUUCUAUUCCUGGGACAAGUGCAGAGAAAGCAUAGAGGCGUGGUUUGCACUGCAGGGCGGGCGUCGAGAGCGCUUCUACGGCGUCGUGCCCAAGCUACCCGAGUUGGACGGUUUGCGUGAGCGAAUCAAGGACACGGGUGAGGAUGAUCUGGAUGCAUUGGCUGAUAUGAACGCUGUGCACUUCGCUCAGCACGUGGACAUCGCAGCAAUCUUUGCCGAUGCAGCUGCUGAUCCUUGGUGUCGUGGUGUGCGAACCAAUCCACAGCCGGUUCCAACGGUCAAGGGCAGCACGUUUCAACCGCUGUCUCGAGAUGCCGUGUCUGCCACGGCGAAGAAAUCGGGUGCCAAGGGAGGACAGCUCCCCGCUCUUCGGUGGAGCUUGACUGAUCAGCCGAAUCGUAGCAGGGCUCCCUUGGCAUGGCACCGUGAUGUCAACUCCCAUAAUGUCCUCAUCUGCAAUGAGACGUCGGAGGACGGCACGUUAAGCUUGGAUGACGGCGAGGAGACAGCCUCCUUCUGGCUCUGUGAUUUGGGGCUUGCCGUCGACUCCCAGAGCUGGAUCGGAGAGGAAAAUCUCUGGAGAGUCACGGACAUCGGUGGGGAUUGCAGAUACUGGCCAGCCUCCUGUUGGAUGGUCCACUGCUUUGGGGCAGACUACUUGGAGGAAAGGCCUAACUUCUGCAGACAGUACAAAAGCAGGCUGGAUAUCCACGCGCUCGGCAUCACAGCCAUAGAAGUCCUAUGUACAAAACCCCUGGCCCUCCGCACAGCCGGUGCUCCUGCCGGCGAUGUUCCCAGCUGCUGGUCGAGCCUUCUGGAUGCGUGGAAGCAGUAUCACGAUACUGUAAGCGACUGGUGGCAGGCCAUCUACAGCGUGUUUAGCGCGGGUGGCGACUUCCGUCCAGUUCAUGCUUGGCUGGUGGAGAUCGCUGCGCCCGACAAGGUCGUCACCCUUGUCGGCAACAUGCGACAAGCUCUGUACGAGUGCGCAGAUUGCAGCGACGAAGCCGUCGCACAGCUUCUCCGCGCAGUGGCUGCUGCAGCCGAUGAGGAUUCUCAGCUCGAGCUUCUGGACAUUUGCAAGCUGGCCGGACAAGCUCCUGAAACUGGUCCAGGCGCAGCCCUGUCGACGGAGGCAAAGCAGGACCCUUCAUCUACUGCCGCAGCGGACGUUGCGGCUGGCACGCAGGAUUCGGCUACAUCUCAAGAAGAGAGUCGUGGCAAAGCGACCAGGCACUCUUGUAGCGGCUAUGGGCGAGGCUCAUCCAUGCCACGUUCGCACGCAGGACCGAUGAGCGUGAGGCUCUCAGUCGCUUUCACAGAGCUGAGGGGCUUGUGGAGAGGUUCACGCUCCUAG